AAACUGCAGGGCCGGCGCUCGGUUAGUGCUCGCUCUGCAUGGGCCGAAGGGGAGAUCCUGUGAAUCUGCACUGCACUAUAUCCUUAGGCGGGAAUCAUUCCACCCAGGCACAAAGGUUGCAGCUGCAUUGAAGCUCCAUAAAAGUGAGAGCUUUGUGUGGGUAGAAUGCCCCCCAUCAAGGAACAGGAGGCGGUGAGCCGUCUAAUGGCUUUCUUGAAGGAGUGGGACAGUGGAAAUAAAGUCGUUAGAAAACGCAUCAUGAAAGAUUUCAUCUCCUUCAAUAAGGGGAAGACAGGACCGGAGCUGGAGCAGGAAUUCUCCCAAGGCAGCAGUUUGUUCUUGGCGAGGUUAACGACAUGGCUUAAACUGUCUUAUAUGUUUGGGACAUGUCUUAGUGAGAUUCUUCAGUCUAUCUCUGUAUUUCUGUCAGCAACCUGCAGCAAUCGCUACAAGGUAGAGUUUGUGGAAUUUGGAGGCAUCUUGAUUCUGUUAGAAAUUCUGGGCAUUAAACUAGUGAAGGAACAGCAAAAAGUGGAAGCUCUGAAACUCCUUCAGACGUUGGCUGCUACAGGAAGGAAAUACAAAGAACUGGUGUGUGAAAGCUACGGGGUGCGAGCGGUCGCAGAGUGCCUGGCUAAGGCCAGAUCAGAAGAAACACAGGAACAAGCCCAGGUGCUGCUUGAAACAUUGGCUCAAGGAAACCCUAAAUACCAGACCCAAGUGUACAAAGGAUUGAUUGCUCUCCUGCCUUGUGCAUCCCCAAAAGCUCAGCAGUUAGCUCUUCAGGCUCUUCGACCUGUUCAGAUGAUUGUGACUGAGGCCCAUCCCAGCAUCGUCGACCCUCUCCUGGCUGUGCUUCGAACUAUGCAUUUGGAAAUACAGAAUGAGGCCCUGCAACUCAUCAAGUAUCUAAUGUGCACCGAGGUCCGUCCGGCUCUUUUAAAAGGAUUAGUAGCAUUACUGAGACCUUCCCGGAAGGAGAGCAGUAAAGUUAGACCCCAGAUCCUAGACGAUCCAAAUGUUGCCCAAAUGACAGAAUCCCUGCCAGUCUUCAUACAGCAAGCAGCGGCUGCCAAAGCUAUUGGAAUGUUGGCUCGGGAAUCCACAGAGCUUUGCCAUGAACUGAUACAGCUCCGAGUGAUACACAAUCUGCUCUUUGCAAUGGGAAACCAGGAUCAUAUGGAGAGCCAGAGACAAGCCAGCCUUGCUGUAGAGUAUUUUGUAUUGUCGUUUCCCGUGGUUGAAGAUCAAGUGACGAAAGCGAUCGGGGAGAACCUCUUCCAGAUGCUUCUGGACAAUGCGGACGGAUUGUACAUGAAGAUUGACAACAUUCAAGCUGACAUAUUGAGAUCCAACCAAGUUAACAUCCCUGGCGUUAAAGAGGUUACGGAGUAAAGUCUUUGCUCUCGGUCAUUUAAGCUUGAAGACUACAUUUUUUCUGUUUGAGUGAUCACAAGGGAUAUCUAUCAAUCCGUGUCUCACCCAGUGAUCAAGAAAACUGUUCAUACAAUAAAAUAUUCAGCACAAUAAAAUACUCAACACGAGUUCAAAUCUAGUGAAGAAUGCACAGUAUCUUCUUAAUUUAAACUACAGCCUCCCUAAUGCAGCUCACACACUUCCAAUUCACUUAGAAUUCUUAGAAGUUCCUAC